AUGGGGAUUGGCGGAGGUGGGAUAAUCACCUUGGCUGAGACGACGGUAACGGAUCUGAUUCCUCUGAGAUAUCGUGCAAAGUAUCUCGGAUAUCUUGGUUCGGCGUGGGCCGCGGGAAUGGUAUCAGGGCCACUGCUCGGUGCCGUUCUAGUCGAAAAAGCAACAUGGCGAUGGAUCUUCUGGAUCAUGAUUCCCUCUGUCGUGCUUGGAUUCCUGGCCAUCACCUUCUUCCUCAACCAAACACCUGUCCCUGGGGAUGUUCUCCCCAAACUGCGUCGCUUCGACUGGAUUGGUGCCAUUUCACUCACCUUCUCGCUCGUCUGCUUCCUGAUCGGCCUCUCCUGGGGUGGCGUCCAGUACGAAUGGGGCGACUGGCACACAUGGUUUCCAAUGGUCCAGGGAGCCGAAGGGAUUAUUCUCACCCUGGUGUACGAAUUCAUGCUGGCAAAGGAGCCAAUCAUCAUACCGACCAUUUUUAACAACAGGAGCAUGAUCAUCUGCUACUUGCUAGCCAUCGCACACGGGUCAGUGGUAUGGUGUUUGCUCUACUUCUUGGUCAUUUACUAUGAGGCUGUCAAGUUUUACGGAACCAUGAGCACUGCUCUCUCAGCAAUGCCUGAGAGCGUUACAAUAGUCGCUGCGGGUAUCACAGCAGGCCUUCUAGCUACCAAGACUGGAGAGUACCGCACCUUCAUCCGCUUAGGAUGGGCUGUAACGGUCUUUGGUUUCGUUCUAUUAAGCUUUCUCGACCAAAACACCUCCGUAUUUGGCUGGAUAAUCCUCAACAUUCCAAUCGGCAUAUCCACAGGAGUUCUGUUCACAACGGUCCCAGUUGCCAUCCAGGCUGCUGGUCGGCCGGAAGAUGCCGGACCUGCAGCAUCCUUCUUCUCUUUUAGCCGCUCUCUCGGACAAGCCAUUGGUGUCUCCGUGGGGGCCACGAUAUUACAAAACCGUUUCAGAGCAGUGGCUAGCGGCCUACCAACCAUCGCGUCGGCUGCAGACGAGUUCAGCCACCAAAUAGAAGGUCUCAUCGCGUUUCUGAAGGCACUGCCGGCUACAUCAACCAUGAGGAAGGAGCUGGUUCAGGCAUAUUCAGAGAGCCUGAGAAGCCUAUGGUAUUAUGUGGCUGGCUUUAGCGCGGCUACCCUUGUGCUCAGCUUCUUCGUCAAGAAGUACACCUUAGACCAAGUUUGGAGGACUGGCCAAGCUUUGAUAGAGAAGAAGAAGACAAAGUGUCGGGUCUGA